AUGGCAACUAUAGCGUCGAAUCAUGGCGACGCUCCACAAACGCUCGAGGGUCCAACGGCAGCGCAAUGGAGUGCGGUUAAAGAGGAUAUUCGCUAUUUGUAUCUCAUCGAGAAAAAGCCUCUCAAGCACGUCAAGCAGAUUCUGGAACAGCGACGCGGGUUCCGAGCGACGGAGCGCAUGUUCAAGUCGAGACUGAAUGCAUGGAAGUUUACCAAGAACUCCUCGGACAAGGAGUAUCAGAUUUGUGCAGUUCUCCACAAAACGCGGCGUGAUAGGGGCAUUCAGCACACAGCUUUCGACAUCAAUGGCAACCGUCGAACUCUCCGAGAUCUUUUCAAGUACAUCAAAGGACGGAAGAUGACCGUAGAGGACUUUUAUGCUUUGGCGGUCGCCAAUGUUACACCAGAUCAAUUACAAGGAGAUGGUCAGCAGGUCCGCGCCGUCACGCCCGAGCCAGACGAAGACGGUGGGCACGAUUCCGAAGGGGAUUCGGAAAACGAUGGCAGUCAUGAAGCUCUCGUGAAAUUGACACCGACAUCGUCAGAUGCCUCAAACGGCAAUAGCCUUCCAAUAGAGCAACGCCCACGACGACAUAGGCCUUCCACGUCUUCUUCUGCAUCCCAUUCGGCACGACAGGGCCAAUGGUCAACGCUGGAGCCUCGAUCCGUUCCACUGCCAUCUCCCACGGACGCGUACUCGGCACACAACCACACUCCUGAGUCAUUCAGUAUUUCACCCACGAGUGUGAGUUUUCGUCCAACGAACCACUUACGGCACUCGCCACGGAGAAGUUUCGGCAGAAGUGAUGUCGAGUCACUGGCACAUUCGACGAUCUACUCGAAUCCGCUACGACAGUCUCAUGGAGCCGACAAUCUCGAGGCUUGGACUGUGUUGAGUCAUGGUGCAUCAGAUACCUCUUCGUUAUCUGACUUCGACGUGAUAUGUCCACGAUGUCACAGGACCACGUCAGAUCACUCAAGUCCCUGCGAUAUCGACAGUCCAGCCUCUCUGACUCUUUCGCCGUCGAUCCAGCGGAAUACACGAAACAUCUUCAACCCAACGCCCGACUUACCGUCGCCAGCAGUACAUUUUGCCGUUCCAUCGCCCGCGAACGACCACUCAUGGAAAUGGGUAUCACACUGCUUUUCGGCGUGCAUAUACUACUCGCGCAGUCGGUACACCGAUUUGACAGAUCGCAAUCUCGUGGAAAAUACGCCAUCUUAUGCCACAGCAACUGACGAUUUCGUGUUCGCAAGAUACGAUCUGGAAUGUGCGGAUGAGCAGUUCCGAGCCAUGAUUGUCAGCAACGACCCCAAUAUUUUGGUUGCGAUCAAUCAAUCAGUCAUGACUCUAGGUAUGCAUAAUUGGGGAAAUAUCACGAAAUUCAUUAUGGGGCGCGCAUCAGACGUGGCCAGGGAGAUGCUGGGACAGGAUCAUCCCAUCUCGAUUCUGGCUCGGUUUGUCACGCUCAUGUCGAGUGGCAAGACCAUAUACGAUCAGACUGAGAUCACAACGCCUAUGCUCGAGCAUGCCUGGCAUGCUUUCGUUACAGGCUGGACCCCACCGUCAACAACGGAGGGAGCUCAAGCACAGCCGCCCUUCUCGGUACCAGCGGAAGGUGAAGCUGGUCGCCGAGCAAUUCCAGCCAUGUACCUCUACGCAUCUGCUUUGACAACCGAAGCCAUCCGAUUCGCUUCGCCGUACAAGGAAGCCAAACUUUCCCACGCUGAAGGCCUUCUUCGACAUUGUUACAGUCUUGCCUGUAGAACUUUCCACAAGAGCCAUCUGCAAGCCAUCGCCGCACUCGUCAAGCUGCAACUUGUGCUCGAACGCCAGAACCGACUAUCGGAAGCGAUCGAAACGAUUUCCAUCGCCAUCGAAGAUGGCCGAAGCACUCUUGGCACACAGCAUGCAAGACAGCUAGAGAACGUGAGGAUCCGUGCCGAGCUACUCAGAAAACGGUGGCGGGUUGAAGAAGAAAAAGAGGAUGUGCAGAGUGACAACAGGCAUGGCCUAGCGACCAUCAACAGUGCUUUUGCAACAGUACAAGCUCAGCGGAGCGCUGAGCGCAGUCGGCGACGUCAGGCAGAGCAACAGCAGGUUGAAGCUGCUCUCUGGGAAGUGUUAGAGGGGAGGGUCAAGAUAUUGGGUCGGAAACACGAGUCGACCAUGCAGAGUAAGAUCGAUCUAAUAAAUUGGCUGCGGGACGCUGGCCGAUGGUCUGCUGAUUCUCCCGAGAGGCAGCGUCUGAAUGACGUCUGGGACUGGACUCAUGUCAGUGCAGAUGAAUGUGGUGGCGGAGCUAAUGGACGAGGAGGAUACUGA